AUGAAUUGCCACAGCUCUAACUCCCCGUUUUCUCCCCCCCCCCCUCGCUCUCCAGCCGGCAGCCCGAACGAAAUCCAGUCCAGCUUAGGCCUCAAGAACGAACCAGUGUUUGGGGAAGCCAUCAAGAAUGUAACUGUGGCUGCAGGGAGGGAAGCCACGCUCUCCUGUAUCGUGGACAGCCUCGGUGAUUUCAAGGUGGGAUGGCUCAAAGUCGACUCACAGACGAUACUCAGCCUGCAGAAGCGAGUCGUGACUCACAACACGCGAAUCUCAGUGACUCACGACGAACACCGGACCUGGAACCUACACAUCAAACAGGUGAAGGAAUCGGACCGAGGCUGUUACAUGUGUCAGAUCAACACACCUAUUAUGAAGAAUGGCGUCGGGUGCAUCGAGGUUCAUGUGCCCCCCGACAUCAUGAACGACGCCACGUCCUCUGACACGACGGUGCACGAGGGAGAGACGGUACGACUACGGUGCGAGGCGAGGGGGUACCCGCCCCCCGAGAUCCUGUGGAAGAGGGAGGACGGCAAGAACAUCAUUCUCAAGUCGUCGGGGAGAGACGGGACGAGAAGCCUAGAAGCCGUCUCCGGAGAGAACCUGACGAUGGAGAACGUCUCGAGGAAGCAAAUGGGCGCCUACCUGUGCAUCGCCUCCAACAAGGUGCCGCCCUCCGUCAGCAAGAGGAUUAUCGUCAGCGUCUUCUUCUCCCCGGUGGUGAAGGUGGACAAUCAGCUGAUCGGCGCUCCACUGGAGACCGAGGUGGAGAUCCAGUGCCAGGUGGAAGCCUAUCCACAUGCUAUCAACUACUGGGCCAAAGAACGGGGAGAGAUACUGCUAAAUGGAACGAAGUACCAGGUGCUAGAAAUGGUGGACCUGUAUCGCGUUACCAUGAAACUAGUCAUCAGCAACUUCACACAGAACGACGCUGGCCAGUACAAGUGCGUCUCCACCAAUUCACUCGGGAAGGCUGACACGAGCAUCCGACUGUAUGUCAUCGAAGUACCUACAGCCAGAACCACGACGGAGCACCAGGCCUACGUGUACCCGACGACGCCCCACUCCAAGUCCGUGAAUUCGCUGGACCUCCUGCGGCGCGACGGCCACCAGGUGCUGCGGCCGCGCGAGGGCCUGGGCCCCGGGGGCGUGCGCGCGGGGUCCGACGGGUCCGUGGCCGGCCUGGGCGUCGUCGAGCUCUCGGAGAAGGAGCAGAGCAGGCAGCGACAGCGACAGCGGCUCGAGCUGGGCGAAGGGCGGCUCGAGAACGGCGGCUACUUGGGCGGGGGAGGAGGCUACCACCCCGGCCAGAUGGAGGGCGGCGGGGGGAGUGGAGGGGCCUCCGCGCUCGCCGUGCCCUCCACCACCAUGCUCUUCCUGCCCCUCCUCCUCCUUCUACACUGCUUCCUCGGUUUGCCUCGCGCCCUCGCAGCCACACGGCGGCAGGAGCUGUCGUUAUGAAUGGUCCUGUAGCCUCGCCCUUGCCCUCCCUUGCUUCUGCUCCGGGUUUGGUUCGGUGUUCGCCGCCCGCGCCGCCCGUCCUCUGGGGGCCGGACGCGCCUCCUUGCACAGAGAACGUAAGGACAACAUGCAUAUAUGUAUGCGUAA